GCCACGUUAAGUUAUUGGCGCACACAAGUAAAUAUAGCAGACGACAGGAAGUACAUGUGACGCAAACCCGUAUAAAAUCAAAAUUUAUAUUUGACUUUUUAUUAUAUUUUCAAAAUAAAUGAAGGAAUAAUUGAGGGCGGAUAAAAAUCCUUCCUUGAAAUUGGAAAAAAUACCAAAUUAUUGGUGGAGUAAAUAAAUAAAUUUCUUUGUUGAAUUUAAUGAAUCAAAAUCAUGGAAGAUUCGGAUAAGAUUGUCAAAAAGGUCCUUCAUGCAGGUACAAAAACUGUAGACUUCGUUCCUGGCACCAAAGUCGUUUUCCACUUUAAAACGACAAAAUGUGAUGCCAAUAAAACUGUCAUAGAUGACAGCAGGGAAAUGGGAAACUCUAUGGAACUGGUCCUGGGAAAAAAGUUUAAACUCGAAGUUUGGGAAGCAAUCGUCCAAAAAAUGGCACUUAAUGAAGUCGCCACCUUUAAAGUACACAAAAGUCUAGUCUCUCCAUAUCCAUUCGUGUCGAAAACCCUGCGAGAAGUUGGGAAACCACAAACUGAAAAACGAAAUCACCACUGUUGUGGAGUGACCUUGCAAAAUGAAGGCAUCGGUUACGAUGAUUUAAACGACCUCAUAAAAAAUCCACAAGACCUGGAGUUCACAAUCGAAUUGACAUCAGUCGUCCCUCCUAAUGAAUACGAAAAAGAAUCCUGGCAGUUAACGGAAGAAGAAAAACUGAAAUCGAUUCCGGGUUUGCGAGCAAAAGGAAAUGUGCUCUUCAAAGAAAAAAAUUAUGAAACAGCUGCAGAAACUUACGCAAAGGCGAUUUCCUAUUUGGAACAAUUAAUGCUCGCUGAGAAACCAAAGGACGAAGAAUGGAUGGCACUCAACGAUAUGAAAAUUCCUCUUCUUUUAAAUUACGCCCAAUGUAAAUUAUUACAAAAAGAAUAUUACGCUGUAAUCGAGCACUGCACUACAGUUUUGAAACACGACCCAAAUAACGUAAAGGCAUUUUAUCGAAGAGGAAAGGCUCACAUUGGUGCUUGGAAUGAAAAAGAAGCAACGGAAGACCUUAAUCGAGCAGCAGAAUUAGAUCCGUCCAUAAAAAUUGCCGUCGAAAAGGAACUGCAAUCUUUUGCGACAGCCAGGAAGGAAAAAGACGAGUCCCAGAAGAAGAUACUCUCACAAAUGUUCUGUAAAUGAUUUUGCAUUUUGUUUUUUUUUCUUCUGAAUUGUGAUUUAAUGUAAUUCUUAUCCACAAAAAAUAUAAUA